AUGUCGGACGUUCGCGUCAAAUUCAACCUCGCUAAUGACGGUGAUGGCCAGGAUGAGGAUAUCUUCCUCCCACCAGCCCCACUUCUCGCCGGUGCCCAUUGCUCUGGCCUUCAAUCCUAUCACGACUUGUACCGAUCCUCCAUCAAUGAUUCUGAUGAGUUCUGGCGUACUGUCUCCUCUGAACUUCACUUUGAACAAGGAACAUCCAAAGGACUCGAAUACAACUUCGACGCGAAAGCUGGAAAUGUCUUCUGCAAAUUCAUGGACGGUGCCAAGACUAACAUCUCGUACAAUUGCCUGGAACGGAAUAUCAAGAAAGGACUCGGAGACAAAAUCGCAUAUAUUUUCGAAGGAAACGAGCCAACUGAUGUGACAACAUGGACCUAUCGGGAACUACUCGCACAAGUCGUUCAAUUCUCCGCUGUCCUCCGUUCCCAUGGAGUGAAACGAGGAGACGUCGUUGCUCUGUACCUUCCGAUGAUUCCGGAACUCGCUGUUGCCAUGUUGGCAUGCGCGAGAAUUGGAGCAAUGCACUCUGUUGUGUUCGCCGGCUUCUCUGCUGAAUCCCUCGCUGCCCGUGUGGUCGAUGCUCGUUGUCGAGUUCUCGUGACAGCGGAUGGAGUGUUCCGGGGUGCUAAACCAAUUGGACUGAAGUCAAUUGCUGAUGCGGCUGUCGCUCUCGCAGCUCAAGAAGACGUCAAAGUGGAAGCUGUCGUAAUGGUGGAACACUUGAAGCGAGUGACAAAGCCUGAUGGGGUGGAACUUCCAAAGGCUGACUAUACGCAAAUCACAUUUGUGUACGAGACGGAGAUGCAAAAGUGCGCUGGCGUGGACUCUCCGGUUGAAUGGAUGGAUUCAGAAUCACCUCUAUUCCUACUCUACACGUCUGGUUCAACGGGAAAACCGAAAGGAAUUCAACACACGACGGCUGGAUACAUGACGUAUGCAUACGCCACGACAAAAUACACAUUUGACGCUCAAGAUGAUGAUGUGUAUUGGUGUACUGCCGAUUGCGGAUGGAUCACCGGCCACUCGUAUCUCCUCUACGGUCCUCUUAUGAAUGGUCUGAAGGGAAUCUGGUAUGAAGGUGUUCCAACUUACCCAACGCCUUCUCGAAUGUGGGAUGUCACGGACAAGUAUGGAGUCACCAAAUUGUACACAUCUCCAACAGCUGCUCGUGCUCUUAUGGCUCUUGGAAAUAAGUGGCUUGAAAGCACUUCCCGUCAAACCCUCAAGGUCAUUGGAACCGUUGGAGAGCCAAUAAACCCAGCUGCCUGGAUGUGGUUGUACAAAAAGGUUGGACUCUCAAACGUCUCCAUUGUCGACACCUACUGGCAAACUGAAACCGGUGGACACAUGAUCACAUGCCUCCCAGGAGCAACUCCAAUGAAGCCAGGAGCAGCCGCUAUGCCAUUCUUCGGUGCAUCUCCAGUCCUCUUAGACGGUGAAGGUCGUGUCAUUGAAGGUCCAGGAGAAGGAUCCCUAUGCUUUGAUCGUGCGUGGCCAGGAAUGAUGAGAGGAAUCUAUGGAGAUGAGCAGAGAUUCGUUAAGACCUAUUUCGCCCCAUUCAAUGGAUACUAUUUCACUGGAGAUGGUGCCCGACGUGAUGAGGAUGGAUACUUGUGGAUUACCGGACGUGUCGAUGAUCUUAUGAAUGUCAGUGGACAUCUUCUGUCGACUGCUGAAAUCGAGUCCGCCCUUGUGGCUCACGAGAAGGUUGCUGAGGCUGCGGUUGUUGCCGCACCACACGAUAUCAAGGGAUCAUUCCCAUACGCUUUUGUCACUUUGAAUGUCGGAGAAAAGAUCAACGACAAGCUGGUUGCUGAGCUGAAGAAGAUGGUUCGUGAGAAGAUUGGAGCGUUGGCCGUUCCAGAUAUCAUUCAAGAGGCACCAGGACUCCCGAAGACUCGUUCCGGAAAGGUUACCCGACGAAUUUUGAGAAAAAUCGCUGAAGGAUCGGAGAGCGGAAUCGGUGACACCACCACUUUGGUCGAUGAAUCCGUCAUCAAGCAACUUAUUUCUGGACGUUCCGCUAGAGCUUGA